UUGGCUUUAAUACAAAACUACCACCCAUUGUAUUUUUUCCCAGCAGUGCCUAAAGGCUACAUGAGUGUAGGACCAGUUGGUCCUGCUGUGAACUGGGAAGUGACAAGCCACAAGGUGUGUCUGUUGCUCACGAGUAGUCAUGGCUGGUUUAUUUGAAAAAGCAGUGGAGGAGGUGAAGAUCCUGAAAACAAAGCCACACUACGGAGAGAUCGCUGAGAUUUACGGCUUAUACAAACAAGCGACCGUCGGUGACGUCAACAUAUCGCGUCCGGGGAUUUUUGACUUCCCGGGACAGAAAAAGUGGGAUGCAUGGAAUUGCAAAAAAGGUCUAUCCAAAGAGGAAGCCAUGGCUGCAUACGUUGUUUGGGUGGAGAACCUGAAGGACAAAUAUGGUAUAUAGGGUCUAUUUGUUAGAAAUGCAUUGUACAAUAUCAAUAAAGCUUUGCCAUACA